AUGGAUCCACUUUCGAUCAUCGCAGGCAUUGCCGGUAUCUCACAGGCUGGAGCCUCACUAUCGCGAGUCUUGUACGACAUGAUUUCAGCUGCCCGCAACGCCCCGAAAGAGAUGACUGACAUGGCGAGGGGGAUAUCCGAGCUAUCAACCAUUCUCGAUGAACUGCGCCGUAUCCUCAGAAACGGAAAGGAUGUCUAUCGCCGGAAACUGCUGCGGCGCGUGGGGAACAUCAAGGCUGUGCUAGCCAAGAGAAACGAUGAUGAUGACAAAGAAGACCAGAACAAUGCGACUUUUGCGCGACAGCAAGCAGAAAAUAUGGUUCAUGUCUCGUACCAUCAUCUAAGAGAGCUUGCGAGCUCAGCAAUGAAAAAGGCCCAGUCUUCUACAUCAGACGACGACGAUGAGGCGAUCUGGUUGUACGACUUGGUCUUUUCUGCAGCAGUCACAGCACGGGAUGAAGCAGAUGAAGAGCCAACCCGACAGGAAUCUCAGAAGAAACCGAAGCCGAACGCGACAGCAAGGCCGGCCUCAAAUGACACCGUGCUUCGCCAAGGCAACGCCCUGCAUUCGUUUCAAGUUUUGGCUCAAGGCUCACCUCCAGCCCCAAGCGUCAUCAACGAACUCCUAUCUGAAUGGACGACGCUCACCGAAGAUCAGUUCGAGGGGAUAAGCACACCGGAGGAAAAGGACGAAGAGACAGAGAUCAAAAAGGCUCAAAGCACGACCAACGACAAGACCACACAGAUGAUCGAUUUCCACGAUUGUGUGGGACGCAAGUCCAAGUUCCCCUUCCAUCUCGUUCAGGAGCGGUCGGGGAUGGAGCAGCUCAUAGAGGAGAUGUUCCGAAAUGUGGACGUCAUAGGGCCAUAUGUAGAUCUUGGACGUUGCGAUCUCCUAGGUUCAGGCGGCUAUAUCAUCUUACCGUCGCUGUGGAAGCAUGCCAUCCACCCCGAUGCAGUCAUCAACAUGAAUAUGUGGCCUAUAGACAGACCCCCCACGCAGUCAUCGAACAGGAGGUUCAGCGAUGGGGUUCAAGCCAGCCCACUACCUCCACCGCCUGUAGGCGCCCUACCGUCGAUGAGAGCUACUGUACCUCCCACCUCUGGCUCAUCAGAAGGAGCUGCGAUCCCCCAGGAACCACACGGACUAGUCGAAGGAGAUAUUUUCCAGAAACGCCAGACCGAUAUACCUGAUGUAGAACCAUCUCUCAAGCCAGAGCUGGAGGUCAGAGUGGAAACUCGGAGGAGUAGACACGGGCUGAAAAACGACCCGUCGCAAAAACUGAAGUUCAAAAAUGUGACUUUGUAG